AUGGGUUUUAUUCUUCCAUCUCCAGAAAGCCCAAUGGAACAAGCUCGUGCCCUUAUCGCCCAGAAAGAUGGUAUCGAAAGCCAGAUCGAAACUCACCUCUCAAUACUCAAAGCCAACAACGUUACAAUGAACACUCCCCUCGUCGAUCCUGAGGGCUUUCCACGCGCAGACAUCGAUAUCUACGCUGUUCGAAACGCGAGAGUGCGGAUUAUUGAACUGAGAAAUGAUUUGGAUGCUGUUAUGAAAGCCAUUUCGAAGGCCCUCGAAGGGAUAUUUGACCCUGCUCUGGUAGUGACACAAUCUACGACCGAAGCCGCUCCAAUCCAGGACGUUGCCCCCCUGCCAUUCGCGAGGGUCGACGGUGUUGCUCCGGGGAGCCCCGCUGCUGAAGCUGGACUUCAACGGGGCGAUUUGAUAGUGAAAUUCGGCCAACUGAGCAAACAAUCAUUUCCAAGCAGCUCCAUGCAACCGCUAGCAGACCUCGUCGUGGCAAGCGAAAACCGUCAUAUUGCGAUUCGUGCGCUUCGUGGUGAGCAGACGAAGCUUCUGACACUAACGCCUAGAAAUGGGUGGGGAGGCCGAGGAAUGCUAGGGUGUUUUAUCGUUCCGUAUUCUCCACCAUGA